ACUCGCGCACCACAGUCACACUCCGCCACAAACCAUAUUGGAAAGAUGUACCCACGUAUCUUUGUAUGCCUGAUGACCUUCCUGAGACCUGUCACUGCUAUGAGUAUCGAGGUCCCUGGGGGUCCGGCCUCUAUGUUACCCUCCCCCGGAGUUACCCAACACCCCAGAAACAGACGCCAGACUUUCAUCUACCCCUCCUCGUCAACGGCAGUGGCCCCUCCGGCAAGUGACGGCAGCUCUGCAAUACAAGGGGUCACCAUGACACUGCAAGAUUUUGACUUAGAAAACACAGAAAUUAGCUUCAUACACUGCCUUAAAGGUGGAGGGCACAGCUGUGAGCUGGAUCUCGAUGAGGGACAGAACGACCCAAAUAUGAAAGACAUUGUUGAGGAGUGCGGGAAUAGUUUCACUUUCAACUAUUUCAACACAGAGUUUAAGUGUGAGUGUAAUCGAGACUCGGUAUCAUGCGAGAAGUCGCCGUCCAGGCCUAAGAAACAAAGACCCAUAUGCAACAGUUUCAUCAUCUUGUUUUGUAAAUUCUUGGAGAUCGACAUAUGUGACAGUGAUUCUUUGACGACUACGACGACAACACGUGCAACCUCUCCAUCUUCAACAACACAACCCACCAGCACCCCAUCCGAGUUAGUUACACCUGCCUCCUCCCCCAGAACGGACAUCCGAGCGAUUGAGAUGACCACAUCCUCUGACCGGACUACAUUCAGUAUACAAACCACCGUUAGUGCACUCGAGGACGGGACGAAUGGUCAACUGUUGGGUGGGAUAAUUGGGGGCGUGGCAGGGGGCGCGGUCCUUACAAUUUUCUUUAUCAUCCUGUGGAGUCUCUGCAGGCGUCGAAUGAAAGCGUCUUCAAAUGGAAACGUUACGUCUUCAGAUGUCAAGGUCAAAGAAGAUGACCGACGUGCCCUCUGUGACAAACACAGUGACGCAGCCAGUUCAGAAUAUCACACGUAUGAGCUUCCGGAUGUCAUCGGCACACUUCCACCCUACGCAACGUCCUCUGACCUGACUGGACCGGAAGUGACGUCAAAUGAUGUGGAUGAAUAUGACCGGCUGGGGGACCACGUUAAGCCCAAGAACGGGGCGACACAUAUGUAUGACUACCUAGACAAAACAAAGCUGAAAUUAAGACAGCAAGUGAUAAACAAUGAUUAUAAUCAUGCAGUUGUAGCAGGGGAGAUAACUGUGGAAGAUGUUUCGCAUCAGGACAACAGCCAGGAACCGUCUGACACAACAGGCGCAGAAGACCCACCGUAUUACACAAUAGAACAAGAGGACUCGGGAAAGGGACAAAAUCAUAAAUAUUUUGUUUUAGAGAAAACGGAAGAGACGCCGGAUACACCGCCAUACUCAAAGCUCUCCUUUGACUAACACUUUGAGUUGAAUCUCAUUGUUAAUGGGACCCGUGAAGAUCCGGGGUAGAAUAGGUCUUCAGCAACCCAUGCUUGCCGUAAAAAGAGACUAUGCUUGUCGUAAGAGGCGACUAACGGGAUCGGGUGGUCAGGCUCGCUGACUUGG